AUGGCCGCUUCUUCCGCGCUGAUCCGCUACAACGGGCUUUCCCUGGCGGCCCCGGUAACAGUCGCCAGCCGAGUCUUCUGCGCGUCUCUGAGGCGACAUUUCGCCCGCACCAUGCGGCGUCCUUGUGCUUUUCCUCCCUCUUCUGCGACGUUGUUGAAACACCCCGCCCUCGCUCGAAGCGCUCCUCUCGGGGGGAGUAAAUGGUUUCGCGAGCCCGCUGAAGCGGACCGUUUCGUCUCCUCCUCACUCCACUUUCCGCGCUCUCUCCACUCCAGUCCCGGCACCUCUUCGCCUGCAGGCGCUGCCCCUGGCGUUCCGGUCGCACCCACCCAGGAGGCUGGCCAGCCGCAGCAAGGGUAUCCAGGCCUGCCGAGCUCCGCAGAGACUCUCCCGAAUGCAGGACAAAGUUCGGAACAGGAUACUGCUCCGUCCACGACCGCUUCGUCCCUGUCUGAGAGCGUAACACAAUUCGACGAUUUCACGAAAGAUCCCGACGAAAUUGUCGCCGCCCUUGACAAGUACAUUGUCGGCCAAGACGCGGCGAAGAAGAGCUUGGCGAUCGCCUUGAGAGAUCGGUGGCGUCGGCAACAAGUGAAAGAUGAAAAGCUGCGGCAGGAGAUCGCACCGAACAAUCUUCUUCUUAUUGGGCCGUCGGGAUGUGGGAAAACUGAGCUGGCGAAGCGACUCGCGGCCUUCGCCGGCGCUCCUUUCGUCAAAGUAGCAGCCACACGAUUUACGGAGGUCGGGUUUGUCGGAGAUGAUACAUCGUCUAUUGUUCACUACCUCGCGCAGCAAGCGUACGCAGACGAGAAGGAGCGAAUGAAGAAGGUCAUUCAAGGCGAGGCAGCCAAUCGUGCUCGGCAGGAGGUGGCACGAGCCCUUCGGGAGCAGGGAGCGAUGAACGACUCGAAGGAAGUCAUUGAGGCCAUGAUCAAGGAAGGGCGACUGGACGACGUGCAGGUGGAGAUUGACGAGACCCUGUUGCAACGCCAUCCGGAGGGGCCGCAGGAUCCGCUGUCUGCGCUCUUCUCCUCCCUCGGAAAAGCCAUGAAUUCUCAGCGGGGAAAUCCCUUCACGCCCGUAGGCAUCGGCGUGCCGGGCUCUGUUCCUCCCGACGCCUUCGGGUUGCCCACUUCUCCAGUUCCUUUUGUGCCCCCAGCUGGAGGCCGAUCCAGCAGAUGGAACCGAGGCGGCGCGAUCCCCGGCGUCUCGUUUUCCCUUCCUCUCGGGAUCUUUGGAGGCAACAGUCAAAAGGGGGAGACUCCACAGAAGAAGAAGGUGACGGUGAAGCAAGCCAUGGCCGCCAUCACAGAGCACUUCGCGAAUGAAAUGAAGACCUCUCGAGCUCCUCCGUGUGUUGGCUCCGCGCAGACGGAUACGGAGGCCGUGCAGGAGAGGGCGCGAGAUGCGGCGGAGAACAGAGGAAUUGUUUUUAUUGAUGAAUUCGACAAACUCGUUGAGGAACGGAGCGGCAGCGACAGCUCUGCCUUUCGGUCGAAGCGUGUAGGAGUCCAGCGAGAGCUUCUCACUCUCAUUGAGGGGACUUCAGUGCAGACGCAGAUCGGCGUGGUCAACACAGACCAUGUGCUUUUCAUCGCUUCAGGGUCGUUUCUCGCUGGCAAGCCUUCAGACAUCAUUCCAGAACUCCAGGGCCGCUUGCCGAUUCGCUGUGACUUGAAACCGUUGACGGAGGAGAAUUUCGUCCAAAUUCUGACCGAGACGGAGUACAACCUUCUCGACCAGCAGACUGCGUUGCUCGCCACGGAAGGUGUGAAGCUAACCUUUGAGGAAAGUGGUAUCCGGGAGAUCGCACGGAUCUCUCACCAUCUGAACACAAUGAACGCAAAUGUCGGUGCGCGGCGACUGAAAACUGUCCUGGCUAAGGUUCUCGAGCAGACAAAAUUUGAAGCCCAUAAACGCCAAGGGUCCGAGGUUUUUGUGACGAAGGAGAUGGUGAGAGAGAGACUUCAACCGCUUAUGGAGCAGGCGGACCUUUGCAAGUACAUUUUGUAG